AAUUUGAACCGAGCGGUCAACGUUACAGAGUUGUGCAUAAGCGUUGUGACUGAUUUUGAUGUCAUUUGUGCUUCGAAUCGCAAUUUAUUAUAGUUUUGAUGUCUUUCUAUUAUAAAAGAAAAUCACUGAGGCAUUGAGGACAAUUGUUUAAGUUAACUAAUGAAGAUGGCAGCCUCUGUAGGGAUGAGCCCCCCAGUAGACCCAGGAUUUUCACUGCACUUGCUGACUUCAAAAAAAAUUAAUGAGUGGACACUCAAUUUUGAGACUGAUCAUAUGAAAUGGUUGGAUGAAAUUCUAAUUGUUGCCAGGGAGACCUUUAGCAGGACAAAAGAACCAGAGUUGCUUCCUAAAACACCAUCUGUAAAGAAUAAAAGAAGGCGUGUUAAAACUAGGAAUAGUUUUCAACCUGGAAAAAUUGAAGAAGCAUCUACACCACCUGCCAAGAAAAGAAGAGAGACAAGCAAGCCAUCAAGUGGUGAUGAGGAUAUUGUGCAAGUUUCAGAAAAUGAGAAAGAUUCCCAGAAAUCCAUGUCAAGAAAAAGAAAAUCCAUGCGUAGCAAAAUUGUGGUGGUUGUGUCACCAUCCAAAGUGGAAUCAAUUGAAGAAAAAGUUGAGACUGUACCAGCUCCUCAAGAAAAAGUGAAUGUUUCAAAAGUUGUUGAAAAACUAAGUGUACAAACUACUACCUUUUCUACACCGACACAAGAGGAAAGAAAUACUCGGAAUACUCAGCGUAUUGUCACCAAGACUGUGCGGCAGAGAAUGAAAGCACAGUUACCAAAUGGACAGAUGUCUACUCCUCUACAGAUGGCUAGAAAAUUAAGAACUCGUAAUCAGAGAACAAAGCUAGGAAGUUUGAGAAAUAAAAAAAAAGAAGCCAUUUCACCUAGUGUCACUGUAGAACCAAAAAAGGAGGAAGAGGUUGCAGUUAGUGUAUUGGAUAUUGAGAAAAAGAGCAAUUGGUCACCUAAGGUAGAGCUGCGUCACAUGAUAGUUAACAAUAAAGUUAAACAGUUGAUUUCUAACCAUGAAGUUAUGAUUGCUAGUUCUUCCGAGGAUGAACUCUCGUCUCCUAAGCGAAUUAAAAUUCAAAAAGAAAAGAAACCAGAAACAGAGAACGUGAAACAGCAAGAUGGAGAAGAUUCUUCUUUCACAACCAUGGAGCUUCAGAAAUCAGAUGAACCCCUGACUACGGAUGUGAAACAGAGAGAUGAAGGUAAUACAGAAGAGAAAUCUCUCUUUCCACCUGUCUCCUGUGAUGAAAGUGAGAGUUCAAAGCAAGUGGUAACUAGUAGUGAUGAGACAAGUGGCACACAUCAUUCAGGAACAUCAGGUGGGGAGAACUGUGUUGUAACAAAGGCAAAAGAUUGUGCCUCAAGUAGUGAAGUGGCAGAGACGCUUUCAGAAAGUGAAGAUAUUUUUUCUGAAGCUGUUGUCACUUCAUCUCAAGAUGAAAACAAUGGGAAGAGUGAAGUUUCUGAACUGACAAGUGAUGUUGUCAUGGUAACUGCCAGUUCUGAUGUGAAGACUGAGACUGAUGAAGAGAUUAAAAAGUAUGAAGACAGUCUGGAUGAGACUAAAAAUGUUGAGAUGGAACAAGACAGUCUGGUGGAGGAAGCUCCAAGGAGACAGCUUCGUUCAACUUGUCCUGUUAUAGAAGUUGUUGAGAUUGAAUCCGAGAAAAAAACCAAGGCAGAGAGUACAGGCACUAAAACCAAGAGACUCACAAAGAAACGUAGCAGUGUGAGAAUCUCCACACGUGCUUCUAAGGAUGUUACAUACAUGGAAGAUGACAGCUUGAAUGUAGAACCUCAAAGACGACAGCUACGCUCUAUGUCAGUUGCUCCUACUGUUGAAAAUGAGGAGACAGAUCAAGUGGAUAAUAAAAAACGUCCAAGCAAAGCAAUACGUACCAAGCAGAGAAAAGGAAGGAAGACUAGUAAAAGAAAAUCCAGUAUGUCUGCUAAACGUACCACUAGAUCUAGAAGUAUUAUUCAAGUUAUUGAAAUCCUCUCAACAACAGAAAGUGAUGGUGAAAAGGCUGAUGAUGAAAGAAGUCCUCACAGAAAGAUUCGUCGUUCUGACCCAGAUAAAGUUGAAGUUGUGGUGUGUGGUUCUAAUAGUACUAUUGACUUAUUUGAAGACAGUUUGGAACCAAGUGGACAAACUCAAUCCCAAGAAGAGGAUCAUGCUGUUAGAGAGCCUUUUAAGAGACCAGCUGUUGAGUGCACAAUUGAGGAUGCAGAGGACAGUGUUUCUUGUUAUAAAAAUGCUAAAUUACAACAUUCGUCUCCAGAACUACAGAGGCAUGCAUCUAAUAAAAUCACUUCACCAACAACUAGCAGUGAUACUGGUCACAGUAAUGACAGUGAAGCUUAUAGUAUUUCUCCAGUCUCUGCACCUAGAUCAAAGUAUAGACAUCCAGCUUCAUUCUUGAAUGCUCUAACUAAAACACGUAAAGACAGUGGCAAUUAUUCUACUAAUAAUGGGCUUAUUACAUCAUUUAUCAAGAGAAAUACACCGAUUAAAGCUAAAUCAAUAAAGGAACGACAGAUAGAAAUUAGACAACAGAUUGUAAGUAAACAAAAGAAAGAUGAUGAGAUUCGUAAGAAGAGAGAUUUGGAAAGAAAACAUAGACUUGAAGAACAGAGGCUCAAACGUGAAGAAAGAGUGAAAAGAGCAGCAGAGGCAAGAGAGCGACGUAUUCAGGAGCAGAGAGAGAAGGCUCAGACAAUUGCAGAAAAAUAUGAACAGAAACAAGCUCUAACAGAGAAAGCCAGGGAAGAUAAGAAGAAAGAAGAGCUCAUCAAGAAGAAGAUAUUCAACAAAAAGAAAGCUGAGGCUGAGGCAAGACGGAAACAUGAAGAAGAGACCAGACUGCAGAAAUUCAGGGAGCAGGAAGAGGAACAGAAAAAACACCAAGAGAUGCUAUUGAGAAAGAAAGAAUUUGAAGAACAAGAAAGAUCAAGAAAACUGGAAGAAGCAAAGAAAAAACAAGAACAAAGAUUGGCUGAACUAGAAAAAGAGAGAGAGAAAGAAAUUCAGUUGAAGAGAGAACAAGAACUAGAAAAAGAAAGAGAAAGAUUGCGAUUGAAAGAAGAAAGGGAGCGAAAACGUGAAGAGGAAAAGAAGAGAAAAGAAGAAGAACGACAACAACAGUUGGAAAGAGAGCGGGAGAUGAGAAAAGAAGAAGAAGCUCAGCGGUUAAGACAGGAAAAGGAAGAACAUGAAAAAGAAGAAAGAGAGCGUCUGAAAGCUAAUAUCCUUGCCCAUAAUACAAGUAAAAAUGUAUUGAAUACAACAGUGACAUUAGAGUGUGAAUCCUAUGAAAUGACACCAAAAAGAGUACCUAAACCAGCAAGUGAUGAUAAUUACGAUAUAUCUGAUCUAAGAAGUGAUGACGAUACUGAUGAUGAUGAAGCCCCAAGAAAGAAAAUACCUAAAUGGGCUACUGGUAAGAUCAUUUUAUUUUGCUUUACAUUGUACUUAGUAAACACAGGUCUUGAACAUUAUUAUUCCAUUUAUUCAAGCAUCACCCAUUCAAUAUCACAAUUAACAGGGAUGAGAAUUUUCUGCGGAUUCACGAAUUUCUAA